AAAAGUCAACAGUACAGAUCUCCCGAGAUAAGCGCGACAUGAUCGUGUGGAAUAUUUGCGCCGUCCUGGCGCUAUCCAUUCCGCAACGCGCACAUAUGUCCUGCACGGUGGGCACUCCCAAAGAAUGUCUGAAGGCAGAGGCGGCUCCGGGCACCACCCUGGCCGGGGAAGGUUUCGAUAUCACGGAGAUGAAGAGCAAGGGAGCCUAUGUUCUGGACAUGAAUCAGUGGCAACGCAAGGACAAAACCUGCACCCUGUGUACCAACCCCUUUCUGGAGAAGGCCAAGCAAAAGCUUCCACUGUCCGUGGUGCACUGGAGGCCCAAGCAGUCCUGCAGCUUGAAGGUGUCCAGCACCGUUCAUCGCUCCGGCGAGGCUCUCGUCGACUCCUCCGAGUCUUCGGUGGAAAACAACUGGAAGACCAGUCUGGAAUUGGAUCACGAGAAAUACGGUGGUAAACUGAUGCUGGCUGGCACACAUUCAAAACUGGCUCAGUACUCCAUGGAGAAAACAAAGAGUGACAGGUUCAGCUUCACCAGUCAAAAAAUAUCUUGCGAGUACUACAGUUACGGCGUGAUGAGUAAGCCCAAACUGCACACGGAAUUCCAAAGGGCGCUGAAGGGCCUUCCAAAGACCUACAACCCCGAAUACAAGUCUCGUUUUUACAGACUGAUCGAGAACUUCGGCACGCAUUAUAUCACAAAGGUCAAACUGGGAGGGUCUAUCCAGUCAGUGACCAGCAUCAAGCAGUGCCAGGCCGGCCUGCAGGGCUUCGACGUGGACGAGGUGAAUAUGUGCCUGGAGUCCGAGGCCUCGGUCACAGUCAAGGGGUCCUCCGUGGAAAGUGAGACUAAACACUGCAAGAGCGACAUCGCCAAAACAGAAAGCAAGGCAGACUUUUCCAGCAUCUUUAAUGACAGGUUUACAGAAACAAAGGGUGGCCACACCACUGAGAUGGACCUUCUCUUCUCUGCCAACAAAGACCCGUCUGCCUACAAGGAAUGGCUCAACACGUUGCCUCAAUAUCCAGACGUCAUCUCGUAUUCCCUGGAGCCUCUCCACGAGCUUCUGCCAACGAACACGCCGGUGCGGAAAAACCUGCGUUCGGCCAUUAGUCACUACAUCCUGGAACGGGCUCUGAUGAAGAAUUGUAGCGGGCGCUGUCGGGCCGGCGUCAAGGGCGACCUCCGGGAUCCCUGCGUUUGCCAUUGCAGCAACCAACGGGACGUUAAGCCGGACUGCUGCCCCGCCCGACGGGGCACGGCCAGGGUCGUCGUCACCGUUCAACGGGCCUCUGGUCUUUGGGGCGAUACCACCACGGCCACAGACGCCUACGUCAAGGUCUUGUUCAACCGUCGGGAUUGGCGUUCUCCCGUCAUCAACAACAACAACAACCCCCACUGGAACUUCCUCGUUGACCUGGGCACCCAGGACCUAUCGGCCGGCCCGAGUCUCCGAUUUGAGCUUUGGGAUCAGGACAGCGGCUGGGACGAUGACCGCCUGGGAACGUGCGACAGACCGCUGACGGCGGGCGCGACGGCGGAUGUGUGCGCCAUGCAGCACGGAAAAUUUUUCUACAAGUGGGACGUGAAAUGCGCGCCCAGUCUGGGCGGCGGGUUGUGCGUCGACUACAAGCCUUCGCCCAUGGACCCCGAUUUGAGCGGCUCAUACGCGUCCCGCCACGCUCACCCUCUUCCGCCGGCCGUCCUACUCGAGAUGGGAGUCUUUCCCGGCACAGAGUCGAACCAAAGCGUCGUUGAUGCACUUUAAAGGUGCAAUGAUAUAAAAUGAAAAUGACUGCACUGUAGUCAUUUUACAUGUAGAAAAUGAAUUUGGCACUCAUAUCAUAUUUUUUUACCAUUUCAUAGUCACUUUAUUUCACCUAAACCAAUACAUCAGCAAUUCUGGUUGUGACAUCAUAAUCAGAAUUGAUGAUCAUGUCUUGCUUUCUAGAGCUUCACUAUCUAGAACACUGAUCACCAACUCCGUGGUGCAUUUAAAACAUUAGCAUUACAUAGCUUUUAAGCUAACGGACUUUUGCUAUGCAAGUUAGCCAAUUGAUCCUCAUUCAUUUAUUUAUUUUUAUCGUUUGAGGCUAAGCUCAGGCACGCAUCGGACACUAGCAAAUACAGCGAGCUAAAAAGGAUAAUACAGGAUUUAGUUGAGCUUUACGUCAAUCUUGGACUCAACUAGCACCUGAGCUUAGCCUUAAACGAUAUAAAAAAAAGAAUAAAUAAAUGAAGAUCUAAGUUAGGGUGACCAUAUUUUGAUUUCCAAAAAGAGGAGACUCGGCUUAACCUUGAGAUACUUAAAUUUCUCGACUUUUUUUGCUUCAAUGUAAAAAAACAAAAAAAUGAAUGUUAAAAAAUUUGACCUCAACUUUUUAAACAUCCGUGUCACUUUUUUUCCUGGGGCAUUUAUUCUUUCCGGUGCGUUUCUUCUGUGUCCCUUUUGACGCACUUUUUUUUUCUCAAUGUCAACUUUUUCAUCCAUGAUUUUUUUCUUUCUGUCCACCAUUACUGGGGUGUUUGCACACCUAUAGCAGCCCAGCGUCAGUCAAUGUAAACAGUAACGUUUGCUGCUGUUGGUUGUGUGCUGCGGGCGGCGAUGUCUUUGAACAGCUCAUUUACGGGGAAAGGCCACCUGCUAAGUCAGGAGAGGAGCCUACAACCAAGUUCGUUCUGCAUAAUAUGUGACUAAAAGCUAGCAAACGAGGCAACAAAAGCAAAUGCGCCGAGAGCAUCGUACCCCGUGGCGAACCGUAUCGCUAAAGCCGAGGAACCUUUCGCAAUUGGAGAAAAACGCAUUAUGUCUGCGACCAAGGAGAUUUGCUGUCAAGUUUUAGGAGAGGCCGCUGUUAGAAAAAGUUGAUUAAGCAUAUGGUGAAUUACAUUCUCCCCGCACCUAAGUUAGUUUUUCUGCAUGGCCAUGUGGCAUUUUUUUCUGGUAUGUGGCAAAAUUGAUUUUGCAAUGUGGCAUUGUUUUGCCAUGUGGGAUGCUUUUUUUGUGUGUGGCAAAAUGUAUUUUGGCAUGUGGCAAAAAAAAUAGCUGUGUGGCAAAAUGUAUUUUGGCAUGUGGCAUUUUUUUUGGGGCAUGUGGCUUUGUGGCAAAAUGGAUUUUGAUAUGUGGCAUUUCUUUUUUUUUUGUAUAUAGAAUUUUAAUUGGAACAAAAACGUGUGGCUAUGAUUUUUGACCAUACACUGACCAUUACAGCGCACUGACAUACAACUGGCACACAAGUCAGCCAAUGCCAUUGACAGCUAUGAACAUCCACAUGGCCAAAUCAAUUUUGCCACAUACAAAAAAAAAAAAAAAUCCCCAUACCAAAAAAAAACGCCACAUGCCAAAAUCCAUUUUGCCACAGGGCAAAAAAAUUACAGAUGGCAAAAUCAAUUUUACGACAUGGCCAAAAAAAUGCCAGAUGACAAAAUCAAUUUGACCACAUACCAAAAAAAUGCCACAUACCCAAAAAAGCCACAUGCCAAAAUACAUUUUGCAAAAAAAAAAAAAAAAAGCCACAUGCCAAAAUACAUUUUGCCACAUGGCAAAAUAAAAGCCAGAUGACAAAAUCAAUUUGACUACAUACCAAAAAGUGCUACAUGCAACAACAAAAAAACACUUCGCAAAAUCUAUUUUGCAGAAAAAAAUAUAUAUAUAUAUGCAAAAAAAUGCCACAUGGCAAAUCCAUUUUGCCACAUACCCCAAAAAAAUGCCACAUACUAAAAAGAAGCCACAUGGCAAAAUCCAUUUUGCAACAAACUAAAAAAAUGCCAAAUACCAAAAUACAUUUUGCCACAUGGCAAAAAAAUGCCACAUGGCAAAAUCCAUCUUGCCACAUAUCCCAAAAAAAUGCCACAUACGAAAGGAAGCCACAUGGCAAAAUCCAUUUUGAAACAAACUGUAAAAAUGCCACAUACCAAAAUAGUUUUUGCCACAUUGCAAAAUCCAUUUUACCACAUACCAAAAAAAGCCACAUGCCAAAAUCCAUUUUGCCACAAACCAAAAACAUGCCACAUGCCAAAAUAUUUUGCCACAUGCCAAAAAAAAAAAGCCACAUGGAAAAAUCAAAUUUUUCCACAUACCAAAUACCACUUUUCGUUCUCGCUGUCUCUCUAGUUUUUAGCCCCGUCAUAUUAUUUUAUAUUUAGUGCCAUUUUCUGUCACACAUCGCUAGUCCGUGAAAAAAAGGCCCAAUUCACACCGGUCGGUGGUGCAAAAAAGGUUGGGGACCACUGAUCUACAACACGUUGACAGAACGGUCUCACAGCAACGAGAGAAUAGAAAGCCUAUGGAUUGCUUGCUAGCAGACUGCAAAUAAUGCAGCUCAUUCUAGGUGUGCCUGUGAUGUCAUUUUCUGUUUGGAGAUUUUUUUUAGCGGGUGGACUAGUGCGGGGAAGCUGCGCUAAUUUCAUGACUAAGCCUUUUCUGUCAUUUUUUUAUGGAUAGAUUUGUGACCAAAAUACUUCUGCUUUCAUUUGAAUGUAACUUUGUAACCUUGAACCACGCUUGACCAUGCAACUGCCAUUAAAGCCUUCUUGGUAAUUUACU